GCGCCUGACGAGCCCCGUUCGCUUCCUUAACUCCAAAAUUCCUCAUACACAAUGAGUUCAUCGCCUCCGAGUCCUCCGUAUAGGCCUCAAGCUACUUCCACGUCCUCCUCCUCCUCCUCCAUUUCCGGCCCCUAUGGACCGAAGAAUACUUUGGAUAAAGGUACCCCACGAGGAUUUGUCGCAGGUAAUAAUCGCCCUCACGAGCUUCCAAAGUUCGGCUCGACGACCCCUAUGAAAUCAACCAUUGCGUCGGUCGCAGGGGUUCAGGUCAAUACCGUGCCAGACCGAGGAUUAGGCUAUGGGAUAGGCAAGGGCGAUUUAGGGCCAGACUAUACCAAGCACGGUGGGCAUAGUAAUGAACAGAGGAAUGCAGAGGAACGUAAGUACUUGAGUUUCCUUUUGCGAAGUUGAGGGGUUCUCUCGCUUCCUGCGCUAUUUGCCUGUAACAGGGUGUAUGGAUCUGAAGUCCUUGAUUGACCUCCCUGGCAACAGCCCACCGACAUGUUCCUGCUGUGAUUGCUAGAAGAGAUGAGUUUAUGCAACCUUUGCCCCUUGGUGGGCCUAAAGACGCCUGGAGACCUCGCAAGCCGACAAACCCAACCAGUGCAAUUGACCUUACAGCUAUCGAUGACCAGCUUCCCGUUGUCAUUCCUCGUCCUCAAGGUGCCCCCAGCUUUCAUUCUACCUAUCGCGGGGACCCUUCAAGCUCUGGAUUUACAUCUAUCAACCAAGGUGCACAGAAUGUAAUUGACCUUACAAAGCAGAAUAGGCGUUUUCCGCCUACAUUUUCGAUACCUGGAGGGGGUGCUAUUCCGGGUGCGGAUGGAACAUAUUAUGGUGGGACAUAUGUCGACCAUGAGAAAACCACCGAGAGUAUUAAGGAGCUUCUGGAGGGGAUUAACGAUUUUCCUGCGACUAGAAGAAGCCGAAGAAAGAAGACUAAGAAGGUCGUCGCCGAUGAAGAUAAGGAGCUGACUGAAUUAAUGCAGGGAAUGAAUACCGGGGAAGUUGUCGAGCUAGCCCUGGAGGAAGGGGCGGGAGUGAAGGCAGAAGUCGAGAGGGGGGGAGAAGAGGGGGAGGAGGAGGAGGAGGAGGAGGAGGAGGAGGAGGAGGAUGAAGAUGAAGAGGAGGAGGAUAUGAGUGUGGUCGAAGGCCUGAAUGUCACGCUCCUCCCUCAUCAGGUCCGUGGUUUGUCUUUUCUGCUUAGCCGGGAAGAGGGGAAGGCUAGAGGUGGUAUUCUUGCGGAUGAUGUGAGUGCUGCGCUCCUGGUUCUCAGGUUUAUAAACUAACACCGAUGUCAGAUGGGCCUCGGGAAGACAAUUCAGUCAAUUUCGCUUAUUCUCUCACAUCCUCACCCGAACUACCCACUUAACGGCUCUCGUUCUGCGCUUUCACCCCAGACCAGGAAAGCAGCCGCGAGAUUGCCUUCUGAUCUUGAGAAGGGAACUCUUGUUGUUGCUCCAUUGGCUCUUAUCAAGCAAUGGGAGGCGGAAAUUGCGAGAAGGACAACUGAUUCCCAUAGAAUGCGUGUUUGUGUUCACCACGGCCCUAACCGUGCUAAGGAUCCAAGUAAACUACGACGAUACGAUGUUGUAAUCACGACUUACGAUAUUAUCCGCUCCGAACACGGGGGCCCCUCCUUUGCCGAGGGCGGUGAUGGGCCCGGACAGCAAGUCGGAUGUUUCGGUCUACGUUGGUGGAGAAUUAUACUUGACGAAGCUCAUAUGAUCAAAAACAGACUCGCCAAAUGUUCACUCGCCGCUUGCGCACUAAGGGCCAGAUACCGUUGGUGUCUUACUGGAACACCACUGCAAAACAAAAUCGAGGAACUUCAAAGUCUUAUUAAAUUCUUGAGAGUUGCCCCAUUUGACGAUCUUGCGGUUUGGAAGGAGCAAAUUGCCAGGCCAAUGACUCAGGGUCGCGAGGGUGUUGCAUUAGAGAGGCUCAAAGUAGUUUUGGGGGCAAUUAUGCUUCGUAGAACCAAAGCUGUUCUCAGGAAAGAUGGCGAAAAACUUGAGGCAGAAGGUGGCCAGAAUAGGAUGAAACUUCCCGCGAGAAAAAUGGAGAAGGUCGCCGUUCACUUCGACGCACGGGAAAAGGAAUUCUACGAAAAGCUGGAAACCAGGACAGAGGAGAACUUGGAGAAGAUGUUGGGUGGGUUCGGAGCGGUUGGCGGCAAGGGUCUCGGUGGUGUGAACAUGACGAGUGCUUUACUUUUAUUGCUGAGGCUACGCCAGGGUAGGUCUCCUCGGGAUCCUAUUUGGUUCUGGGGCUAAUGAGUAUAUAGCCUGCAAUCAUCCCCAACUUGUGGCAGGAAAGAUUCACAAGGAUAAGGAAUCCGGACUUGGCUUGGCCACACCCCGCAAGAAGCCAAGCAAGCCAACCACGGCCGUUGAUGAUGGAUUGGAUGAUGAGCUGGCUGGAUUACUUGGUGGGCUUAGUGUCGAUGCUAAAAAAUGCGACGUUUGUUUUUCGGACCUGACAAAGGAGGAAUCACAACGUGGUGAGGCAAGAUGCGCCCAUUGCCGGGCGGAUCUAGAUGAGCUCUCAAUGUCUGCUAAGAAGGCAAAGAGAAAGGAGAAGAUUAGGGCGAAAAAGAUGACAAAUAGGGGGAGGCCAAUCGUCCUCGAUAGUGACGACGAAGAGGGUGAACCUGAACUAGAGGGAGAGGGCGGAGAUGACAGUGAAGGGAGCCAAGCCGAAGAAGGAACAGAUACAUCAGAUGAGGAUGAUGAUAUUAGGCCAGGCGCCCGAAGGAUUCAAAGUCUUAUCGAUGAUGAGGCCGAAGAGGCGUCUGAAGAGGAAUCGGACGAGGGCCAGCCCAGUCCUACCAUUUCUACGAAGAUUAAGUAUCUUUUGGCCGUAUUGAAGAAGGAACUGAAGUCGAAGAACAAGACUAUCGUCUUUAGCCAAUUCACUAGCAUGCUGGAUCUUAUCGAACCUUUCCUGCACAGAACGGGAAUUACGUUCACUCGGUAUGACGGAAGCAUGAAAAACGACGACAGGGAGGCCAGCUUAAGGAGACUGAGGGGAGAGGGAGAAUAUGCGCCCGGGCCCGGGAGGGAAGAUAGAGAUUGGUGCGGGGUCCUGCUAUGCAGCUUGAAGUGCGGAGCGUUAGGAUUGAACUUGACGGCAGCUUGUAGAGUGGUUAUAUUAGAACCGUUUUGGAAUCCGGUUCGUCUUCCGGUGGCUCUAUUUGUGUCUCAAUGCUAAUCACUGGAUAUAGUUUGUCGAAGAACAAGCCAUCGAUCGAGUUCAUCGUAUUGGCCAGGAAACUGAUGUGGUCGUUUACAAAAUCACCGUUGCUGGCUCAGUAGAAGAACGUAUCCUUCAACUCCAGGAUCAGAAGAGAGAGCUUGCUAAGGCAGCCUUCGGAGAUGGUGAUGGCGGCCUCGGAAAUGCUAAGGCGGCCAAAUUGAGUAUGAAGGAUAUCCUGUAUCUUUUUAGGCGUGACGCUGAAGGGGUCAAUUCAUCCGCUGAGGCACGGGGCUUGGGCGCUCGCACCAAAAUCUUGGGCAAGGGCCCCAGCAGAGGAGACGAUGAGAGGGGCGUGGGUUAUACCCGGGAGGCGCCGGGGAGAUAUGUUACUCCGAAUGCUGAAGAGGAGCGAGAGAGAAGGAGGGUGAAUGAGAUCUCUAAUCCUUAUGGUAGGAGGUAGUCGCUUGUUUGUGAUUUUGUUAGCUUUGUUGUCAAAUUCGGGCUGGAACAAUGCAUGGGUACGGGUUACGCUUUUACGAUAUCAUUCAUAAAAAUUAGCGUUCUCAACUCU